AUGGCCCAGGGCGGCGGCGGCGGCGGGGAAUGGAGCCGCUUGGACCUUCUCUCCCCCCCCCCUUUUGUUUCUCUUCGCUGCUUUGCCUUGAAGUGUCAUAUUAAGCUCUGGCUGACGAAAUCCCCACGUCCCUCAGUAAAUAUAGAUGUGCUGUUGUAUAUUAUGUCUUUUCUGGAGCCGAGAGACUUGAGUCAUCUGGGAAGCACAAGUCGCUAUUUGAGGCUAACAGUCCAAGAUCCCUUGCUAUGGAGAUAUUUUCUUACUCGGGAUUUGCAUUCUUGGCCUGCUGUUGACUGGAAGUCACUCCCAGAUGCAAAGAUGUUUAACAAACCUUUUGCUGAGCUGAAUGACAGUGCCACAUGUGACUACAUGGAAGCGUAUAAGAAAUGCUAUUCUUGUUGUAAAAGACGCCUGAAUUCCAGUCAGCCCAUUUAUGGAACUGUGGCUUCCUUGUUACAGUCACUGAUCACACAGGCAGAGCCUUGCUUUGCUAUGUUUGGGCCAGGUUUAGAAUAUCUGAGUGAAUCUUUGGUGCUCAAACUGAUGACCAGUCCGGAGGUCUUGCCACUAGCUGGCGUACCUUCUAGACAAAUACGUGGGAUAGGAUCAGGACUCACAUUUCAUUUGAAUGGCCAGAAAUUCAAUAUUCUAACACUGUAUUCAAAAACCAGAAAGGAGAGACUCCAAGCAAAGGAGGAAGACACCAAUCCUAUUAACAAGAUGUUCUACGAAAAGAACAGGCUUGAUGGGGCAAAACAAUACAGACCAAUUGAACAUGUUAAGCACAUGUGUGGACUGGUUGACGGAUUCAUCUAUGUUGCAGAUGCAGAGGUGCCUAAACGACACAGCCUGCUAAUCGAAGUGGCUCAGAUGGCAGCAAUGCUUGAUCCUGCUCUUGGACCUUCAGAUCGACCUCUGCUGGUUUUGUCCUGUAUUUCGUAUGCUCAGAAUGAAAGAAUUCCCUGUGUUCAUCUGGCGCACCAGCUGCAGCUAAAUCUGCUUGGCCGACCAUGGAGGGUCCAGGAUACUGAAGUUGCUACAUUAACUGGACUGUUGGAUGGAAUUCAAUGGCUACUGGAACAAGCUAGACGUAGAAAUACUUAAUAAUCAGUUGUUCUUAAUCGUGUUGAUGAACUUUCUCCCCAAGCAUUACUUGACAAUGAGUAACAGCUUGCUCCAGGCUAACAGGAUCCCAGAAGAGAUUAUUGCAAUUUGGAUUAUUGCUAAUGUCAUCGUAAUCUGUACUAUUUAAAAUGUAGGCACAAAAAUGCAACUGGGGAAGGGAGUGUGAAAUCAGUUCUGGCUCCAGGAUGGGACAUAGUG